CCCCCCCGAGAGGAGGCAGCAGACCGCCGCGUUGCCUCGCUGUCCGCAGCCGCGGACACAUCCGGAGGGAGAGGGGGAGGGAGGAAGGGAGGGAAGAAGAGAAGGAGGGAGGGACACCGCCGAGCCCCGCCGCCGGGGCGUGCCAGCAGCGGGCGUCCGACGCCGCAGCCGCGUACCCAGGUCCCUGCGCCCAUCCCCGCCGCAGCGCCAAGAUGCCCGCCGUGGAUAAACUUCUCCUGGAAGAAGCUUUGCAGGACAGCCCGCAGACUCGGUCUUUGCUCAGUGUAUUUGAAGAAGAUGCAGGAACCCUUACUGAAUAUACAAACCAGUUGCUUCAGGCAAUGCAACGAGUCUAUGGUGCUCAGAAUGAAAUGUGUCUUGCUACACAGCAGCUUUCCAAGCAGCUCCUUGCAUAUGAGAAACAGCAUUUUGCUUUAGGUAAAGGAGAUGAAGAAGUGAUAUCCACCCUUCAUUACUUUUCAAAAGUUGUGGAUGAGCUCAAUAUUCUUCAUUCAGAACUGGCAAAACAGCUUGCAGAUACAAUGGUUCUCCCAAUAAUACAAUUUCGGGAAAAGGAUCUCACAGAAGUAAGCACCUUGAAGGACCUUUUUGGGCUUGCUAGCAAUGAACAUGACGUGUCCAUGGCAAAGUAUAGCAGGUUACCGAAAAGGAAAGAAAAUGAGAAGCAUAAGGCAGAGGUUGCAAAAGAAGUGGCAAAUGCAAGAAGAAAGCAGCACCUUUCAUCUCUGCAAUACUACUGUGCCCUGAAUGCUCUGCAGUACAGGAAGAGAGUGGCAAUGGUGGAACCUAUGCUAGGAUAUACACGAGGACAGAUCAACUUUUUUAAGAAAGGAGCAGAGAUGUUUUCCAGAAGAAUGGACAGCUUUUUGUCAUCUGUUUCAGACAUGGUUCAGAGUAUACAGGGAGAGCUGGAUGCUGAAGCUGAAAAAAUGAGGAUAUCCCAGCAGGACUUAAUUGCAGUUAACGAAUCUGUUUACACCCCAGAUGCUGAUGUAACUUCACCUGCUAUCAAUAGAAAUCUCAUCCAGAAGGCUGGAUACCUGAAUCUUAGAAAUAAAACAGGUCUGGUGACUACAACUUGGGAAAGGCUCUAUUUCUUCACUCAAGGUGGCAACCUGAUGUGUCAGCCAAGGGGUGCAGUGGCUGGAGGAUUGAUUCAGGACCUGGACAACUGCUCUGUUAUGGCUGUGGACUGUGAAGACAGAAGAUAUUGCUUUCAGAUCACCACUCCUACAGGCAAAGCGGGUAUAACCCUUCAAGCAGAAAGCAAGAAAGAAUACGAGGAGUGGAUAUGUGCCAUCAACAACAUCUCCAGACAGAUCUAUCUCACUGACAAUCCCGAGGCAGCUGCAAUCAAGUUAAAUCAGACAGCCCUACAGGCAGUAACUCCCAUUACCAGCUUUGGGAAGAAGCACGAAGUUCACCCUUCCAGUCAAAAUGCAAAGAAUAUGGAAAAUGAUAAAAUGAUUCCCAAUGAAUCAGCUGGCAUCCAUGACUCCACACAACUCAUUGCUCCUGGAACACCAAUUCAGUUUGAUAUUGUACUGCCUGCCACAGAAUUCCUGGACCAGAACAGAGGUGGCAGGCGUGCAAACCCUUUUGGAGAAACUGAAGACAGCAGCAAAGAGGAGGAGGAAGAUUCACUCUUGCAGCAGAUGUUUGUAGUUCGGUUUUUGGGCUCUAUGGCUGUUCAGUCUGAUGGCACCUGUGAGGUGAUUUAUGAAGCCAUGAGGCAAGUGCUGGCUGCUCGUGCCAUUCAUAACAUCUUCCGUAUGACUGAAUCCCAUCUCCUGGUCACCAGCAAGAACUUGAGGUUAAUAGACCCUCAAACCCAAGUUACACGGACAAGUUUUGAACUCGCUGCUGUGACACAGUUUGCUGCCCACCAGGAGAACAGGAGGCUGUUUGGCUUUGUGGUCCGCCUCAGUGAGGCUCUGGGAGAAGAAUCUAUAAGUGCCUACGUUUUUGAGAGCAACACAGAAGGGGAAAAGAUUUGCUAUGCCAUUAGCUUGGGAAAAGAAAUCAUUGAGGCAAAGAAGGACCCAGAGGUAUUAGCUCAGCUAAUGAAGUCCAUGCCAUUAACCAAUGAUGGGAAGUUCGUGCUGCUGAACGAUCAGUCAGAAGAGGAUGGAACUGUACACGAAGGGGAGGAAUCAGAAGCAUAGAAAAACUGCUGUCACUUCCUGCAGUCUGUGUAGGAGCAGGAAAAGCUGGGAGGUGUUUUGCAAGAAUCUCUGGUUUUCGGUCAUCCGCACACACCCCAGGCCAGCUUCUGCUUUCCUGCUAGAGCAAGAAGGUGGCAUCUUGGCAGGGGAGUUGCCUCUGGAUUUACAACGAAACAGCAUCAGGACUUGGCCAUGGAGGCUUUUUGCAUCUGUGAAUGUGUGGUGUGUUCCUGUGUCUGGGAAGCUGACAGUCCUGGGGAACCUUUCACUGUUAGCCCCUGGUCAGCCACAAGGGGUCCACGUCAGUCAGAUUCACACCUGAGCAGCCUACAGUCCCACUGCAGUCAGUGCAAGCUGUAAGCUGUCAGCUCCUUCAACAGGUGUCAGGCCUCUAAUUCCCUACCCUAGUAACUUUUCAUAGUUUGCAUGAUUUUGUGCAUCUGAAUGAAGGUUAAAAAUGCACUAUUUACUUUAAUUUCAGAUGAAGUUAUUUUUAGUCUAGCCUGAAGCGUAACAAGAUUUAUCUUUUGGGGUAGCCUAUUUACAGAACAAUUUGUUAAACACUAAAUUUUUCCUAUUAAUAUAAUCUAUUUUUAUAUUGCAUCUAGAAUAAGCUUACAAAACAGAUCUAAGUGCCUACUCUUACCUCCAGGGGGACCGCACUCACACAUUCUGUAAUUAAAUAAUGGAAAUAAUGUUCCUCCUUGAUUUACAAUCCCAAAUGCCACUGACAUGCAAACGCAUGGGAAGUUGUCAACAACCAUGGCACGUUAGUUGUGUGCAGUUUUUCUAUGGUUAGGUUUCUUGAAAGUUGCCAGAGAUUAAAACUGUAGGGUAAAUAAGUACUUUUAUAUUAAGAAUUCUUUGUAUUUUUAACAUUACAGUGAAAUACAACCACUGAAUCUACCAGCAGUCUUUCAUUUUAAUGAACAGAACAAUAAAAUGCUAGAUUAUAAGUCUUACAGUGUAUUGAGUAGUCUCACAGUACCUUCCUGAAAUUAGACACUAGCUACAUUUGGCUAAGUUUAGAUUUUUUUCCCUUCCAGUUUAACCUGAAAACCAUUAGAAACUGUAAUUUGCAAGAACAAAAAUAAACAAAAUAAACAGUAGUUACUGGGGUGAGAGGGGAGAAGGGAGAAGGAGGAAUAAUUUGUGACAUAGUCUGCAUUAAUCACAGUAAGGUAACUGGAACAAAUGGCUGAAAUUCCUCAAAUCUAAUUCAUCAAGUUCUUACUAGGAAACAGGAGUUUCUGCAAGCAGAAUCUGUGCUACAGCAUCUGAAAGAUCCCAGCUGGCAAGCACUUGGCAUGGAAUAAAUUCAGUUUAGCUGGCUGUUGAGUGUUUAAAAGAACCAUGGAAGAGAACUGUUAGUAAAUGAUACGAACACUUCUUCAUAAAUAAAAGCUGAAACUGUCUUAC